AUGAAAGCUGCUCUUGUAGUACUUGUUUUUGUGUUUAGUUCCGUAAAUUGCAACUUGGAAUUAAGGUUCUAUGCACAUGACAUGCUAGAAGGAAUACACGACUGGCAUAGACUCUGUAAAUUGUAUUCAGGAACAACUACAGAGCUUAUUGAAGGUGUUAAAAAGGGACAGUUUCCAGAUGACGAAUCAUCAAUACAGCGAUACAAUUUCUGCCUUUGGAGCGAAGCAGGAGAGUUGGACUCAGAUUAUAGGAUAAUUGUACCAAAAAUGAUGACCUACUUAACUAAUGUUACAAAACAGGAUGCUGUGCACUAUAUUAAAUGUAAUGAAAUGGCUCUCAGUUUGGCUGAUAAAGACCCUGUACAGAAAAUAUGGGAAAUGGAGAAGUGUGUCUACAAAAGAAUAGAUAAUAAGCGGUUCAUCUAUUACUAA